AUGGCCCGCGGUAAGGUUCAGAUGAGAAGGAUAGAAAAUCCAGUGCACAGGCAAGUCACCUUCUGCAAGCGCCGUAUGAGCCUCCUCAAGAAGGCUAAUGAGCUAUCUGUUUUAUGCGAUGCUGAUAUCGGUGUCAUCGUCUUCUCUCCCCAUGGCAAGAUUUAUGAGUUGGCCACCAACGGGAACAUGCAAGGCUUAAUUGAGAGGUACAAGGGUAACAACACAAAAGAACAAGGUGAAAGUAGCAAGCAGAACAAACCUCAGAUAAUACAACAAGAGGUACUACUCUUAAGGCAAGACAUCGACUUACUUCAAAAAGGCUUAAGGUACAUGUACGGAGCGAAUGAUAUGGACCACAUGAAUCUUCAUGAGCUGCAAGCCUUGGAAAGCUAUCUUGAAAAUUGGGUACACAACACUCGCUCUACAAAGAUGCAGAUCAUGUCUAGGGAGAUUGAGGUGCUCAAGAAUAAGGAAGGCAUACUGAAGGCUACAAAUGAUAUACUUCAAGAAAGGAUAAUUCAGCAGAGUGGGAUUCUGGAAACCGGCAGCAACAUGGUGACACCACAAUUCCCCUUCCAGCGAACCAUGGAGAGUGGGCACUACUUCUAGCCGAAACAGCCGACCUAUCAAGUUAUCACGUCAGCUAUGAACUUAUGACUUGGGUUCGUCAAGAGGCUACCGUGGAUGGAACCCUCCUAACCUUGCGACUGCAAACUCCAUGUUGUGCAAAGGAAGAAAUCAUCAUCUGUAUAUGUACUUUUUUUCCCAAAAAGGAGGCAAA